AUGGCGACAAUAUCAUUCGCUAAAAGUUUGGUUAACCCAGCACUGAAAGUAUUUCUGAAGCAAACCCCAUGUGCAAAUGUACGUGUCAGUGGAACACCCACACUUACACCUCUAAGUAUUAUACUUCGUAGAAAUUAUGCUGAAAAACAAGUGUUUGAGAGAACAAAGCCACACUGUAAUGUUGGUACUAUUGGCCAUGUAGAUCAUGGAAAAACAACAUUAACUGCUGCUAUUACAAGAGUUUUGGCCGACCGCAACUUAGCACAGAGUAAAGGCUAUACAGACAUUGAUAAUGCUCCAGAAGAAAAGGCCCGUGGUAUCACUAUCAAUGUUGCUCAUGUUGAGUAUCAAACAGAACAGAGACAUUAUGGCCACACUGACUGCCCUGGACAUGCUGAUUAUAUUAAGAACAUGAUUACUGGAACAGCUCAAAUGGAUGGUGCAAUUCUUGUAGUUGCAGCAACAGAUGGUGUUAUGCCCCAGACAAGAGAACAUUUAUUGCUUGCUAAGCAGAUUGGUAUUCAACAUAUAGUAGUAUUUAUUAAUAAAGUAGAUGCUGCUGAUUCCGAGAUGGUAGAACUAGUGGAGAUGGAAAUUAGAGAGUUGAUGUCUGAGAUGGGAUAUGACGGUGACAAAAUACCUGUUGUCAAAGGAUCAGCUUUAUGUGCACUAGAUGGUAAAAGCCCAGAAAUAGGUGCUGACGCCAUCACUCAGCUAUUGGACGAAGUGGACGCUUUUAUUCCAACUCCAAUUAGAGAACUGGACAAACCAUUCCUCAUGCCUGUUGAGUCUGUGCACUCAAUACCAGGACGAGGGACAGUUGUGACAGGACGUAUGCACAGAGGUGUAUUAAAGAAAGGUACAGAGUGUGAAAUUGUUGGUCAUGGUAAAGUGAUGAAAACAACAGUGACCGGAGUUGAGAUGUUCCAUAAAACGCUAGAAGAAGCGCAGGCCGGUGACCAAUUGGGCGCCUUAGUUAGAUCCAUUAAGCGAGAACAGAUCAAACGAGGAAUGGUAAUGGCUAAGCCGGGAACUGUUAAGGCCCAUGACAAUAUUGAAGCCGCCGUUUAUAUCCUGAGCAAGGAAGAAGGUGGUCGUGCAAAACCCUUCACAUCAUUCAUUCAACUGCAAAUGUUCUCAAUGACAUGGGAUUGUGCUACUCAGGUCACCAUUCCCAAUAAGGAGAUGGUCAUGCCAGGAGAAGAUUCUUCAUUACAGCUAAGACUACUAAAACCCAUGGUUUGCGAAACUGGACAAAGAUUUACAUUGAGACUUGGUGACAUGACUCUGGGAACUGGUGUCAUCACCAAGAUCAACAAAGACCUUACAGAAGAAGAUAGACUCAAGCUUCUAGAGGGAAAGAAGGCCAGGGAAAAGGCUGCCGCGAAGAAGUGA